AUGAUUCACCACUUUCCUGACAGGACGCGAAAGCGCGGGCUGGCGCGAGACCUGAGCCAUAGAGAUAAAAAAGGGGCACGGAGUGGGGAGGGCCGCUCUAGGGCUGGGCGCCUCUAUCGUCCUCUCGCCUUUGCUGGGGACCCGAAGUCAGUUCGCCUUUCGCUGCUUUGCGCGGAGCGGCUCCUGCGCGGAGGUUCGCGGCGGCUUCCGGGCAGCGCUUCGCCCGCCCUCCUCAUGCUGCCCGCUGGCUGUGCCCAGAGGCUGGUUUCCCUCUUCACUCAGGCCUUGGAAGACUGCACAGAGCAGAGGACAAAACUCCAGCAAAAGCUUCAACAGUGCCACGCACUUCUUGGGGACUGGAACUCUCAGAGAGAAAACCCCAUUCCUGAAGAUAGCAAAAAUGAGAAACAUGAUGUAGAAACAGAGCCUUCGGUUGAGGAGCUUAAAGAACUGGAACUGCUUAACAAAGCCUUAGAGAAAGCAUUAAGAGUCCGGUCAAAGUUCCGACAAGUGCCAUGCGAGACUAUAAAAGUCUCCGAAGCUGUAGGUAAGAAACCUGUGAGUCAUGCGGCUUUGGAACAGCCAGCAAGUAAUUCUAAGGAGAAGGUCCCCGAGACCGCCCAGAUGUCUCCUGUGAGUAGAAAGCUUGUGUCUUCCAAAAAGCCCACGGCGUACAUGUUAAAGGCUCCCUACAAAACUGAUGUGAACGUGAAAAGGCCACCGGUGAAAAUACCAGCUGGGUGGAGCUCCAGAAGAGCAAAAGUUCCUGGGAAGAAGUUAUCACCGGCAGGGGUUGCCUCUCCAAAGUUGAAGCCGCAGGCAAAAACAGCCGAAGGGAGUCGUGAAAAGGUCCGUGUUGCUGCAGAACCUGGCUUGCAGUUGGGCUUUUCCAAAUGUCUGCGUCGUGCAACGGCGUCACCUUCAUGUAUAGAUGGAGGGGACUUUGCAGAGACUGGUCUCCUGGUAUCUAAGGUAGAUCCUGUUGGGGAGGCUUUAGGUGGACCAUGCCCUCCAAGAAGAGACCCGCCAACAAAAGGGAUGAUGCCUCCAACAUCCACUCUUCAAGAAAAUGGGUCUUCGCUGAAACUGCCCCUUCCUUAUCAGAAAGCAUUUACCAAGUAUGUCAGGUUGUUGGAGAAGUCCCAGGACGUGAAAACAACCCCCGAGGCAGCUGUCGCCAAGAGCCACUUUUUAGAGAAGUUGCAAGCAACUUUCUUCUCUCCUACGCCAGCCUUUACGCCAACUGAGGUGAAACAGGAGUUGGCACAUCUACGUGAUCUCCAUUUGCUCAUCUCUCAGCACAUGAAAGCUGAAAGCCCAGAAGCACUUGGAGAAAACCCAACUUGGGACAGAGAGUACGAAAGCCUUGUGACUUUGCAGGUCCUGCAGGAGGUAGUAGAGCAGCUUCUCAACAAAGUACACCAGAUGCGAGAAGCCAUGGUGUCCCAUACGGAGUUUCUCCCCCCUGCCUCACUCUGCAGGGGUGACCAUGAGGACGGUGACAAUGACUCCUUGUGCUUCUGUCAUGCUUCCCUUGGAGAGCGAGCAUGCGGGGAUCUAGACUUACUGGGACCUGCCCCACUCCUCUUCUACUCCAGCUUGGAUGAGCUGAAGGACAUGGAGGCUUUAAAACUGCAGGUGGCGAUGCUGAACCAGAAGCUUCAGAUCCAGACGGCUAUGGAAACGGAGCUCAUUCCACUUCUAGAAUCUGGCUGCCUUUCCGAAAGCUCUAGGACUUCGGUGAUUCGUGCUGCUUACUCUUUGUUAUGUGAAGGCGGGGAGCAUGUUCCUAUUCUGGUGAAAGACGAAGAACUGUCCAGCUGACCUGAAGCAAGAUCAGACGUCCAGCAGACAUGUUAAGACUUUUGGCCUUAAAUUGCAGCAUUUACACGGAAGGGGAAGCUCAGCGGCGGGUCCCCCAACCUCUUCACCUGUACUUGUCCAAUGAAUAAAAAGAUUUUAUACCUUUU